GCUUACAAGUAAAUAAUCAAUAUCGAAUUGCGGACGCUGGACAAGCGUCGACUCCAGCAAGCUCACCAAAGAAGGCCCACCAGGCGUUGCGCCUUCGAUUGUGGACAUCUGGAGCAAAUGGUUGUCUACGCUCUUCCCGGCGAUGUGCAUCUGCCUCCGAAGAAGCGUCACUUUAGCCAGCUUGGCCAGCCGUGUCACGAAGCGAGCUCGCCUUCGAAGCGCAAUAAGCACGAGGCUGCGGAUGUGCUUCCCUCGGACACGCUGCCCGGGCUAAUGCUAGGCGCCGAUGGCGGGAUUUGGCACGUGGACGGGCUACUAGAGCUUUUGACGGGCGCGUUAUGCUCUGCGCUGGGCACGGAUGGGCUACACAGCGACGCCGUGCCAGCGGGGCCCAGCAGCGCGCCGGUUGUGGCGGGUCCCGCGCACGCGGCCCAUGCCGCCAGCCACACGGCGCCGCCAGCUGCCGGGGCGCCUGGGCAGCAGCCCUGCCCUUACGCGGCCGCCUCCACUGCCUUUGACAUGCUCAGAAGCAACCUGCCAGCGCUCACCAUCCCGCGGCCGCCCGCGGCGCCGGCGGUGGACGACCUAGAUGAUGAAGACGACCGCUCCUCGGUCGCCUCGCUGUCAGCGUGGGUAGCGGGGACGCCCAGCCGGCGGCGCGGCAGCGAGGUGGCCGCGGGGCAGGGUCCCGGCAGCGCGGGCGUCACGCCGCUCAGCGGGUUCAUGAACUUCAGCUUCGCAGCCGGCUUCACGCCGCGGGCGGCUAUGGCAGCACAGGCGGCGGCGGCGGGGCCCUGCAGCAGCUGCGAGUCCGUGGGGUCGGGCGCGGCGACCGUGCGGUGAUCUCGGACACAUGGCGUCGUGGUUGACAUUGUGCGGUGUUGCCGCGGCGGAGACUGUCCGCUGUCGGGCGCUGGUCGCAGCAUCCGGAUGGGGCGGGCUUAGGUGUCGCUGACCGUGCAUGUCAAGGGCAUUUUUGGGCAAAAGCGUGCCGACUUGCCAAGGGUUUUGUUGUUUGCGGAUCCCGGAUCCCCCUAGACAACAUCAUUGAUACAUUUGUCUACCGGGUGGCAAAGGAGAUUUCGGAAUGCACAGGAGCUUAGGCAAGCUGCAGGCCUGAGGGCAGGCUAGAUAAGCAGCAGAGGCGCACAGCGUAUUAGGGUGACCGACGCAGUUAGCGAGCGGGAGCUGUGACAACGAUCUAGCAUGGCCCCAUGCGAUGUGUGGCGCUGGCGGCAUCGGACCCUGGCCCACAGUACACCAGGCGCAGAAUGCAGAGCAUUAGACAGACACUUACAAGAGAUUGUAGGCCCAUGCGCAGUGGGUGGGCAGUCUCCCCCCCUGAAAGAUGUGGGGGGGCCCUCCGUGCAGUGCAGUACCGUGUUGUGGAUUGUGGGGAGUGGGCGUGGCAGGGCAUGUCAUAGGUUGCGUACGUGCUGGUUUUGUGAGCGUGCGUGCCAAUUUUAUUGUUUGUUGUGUGGUCCUUUUGUGUAGCUCGGCGAACGUGUUGCCUACCACGAGCUGUGCGGGUGACGUUUUGGAACCUGCCAGCUGCUGACACGGCGGCACGGAGCGCGGGACACGCAGUGUACGUAGUAGGCCCUGAAUGUGAGCUAGGUAGUGCUGUUUGUACUGUCCGCCAUGUCUACCAUUGAAGACUGCUGCGCUUCGUCAGAUAGAUAAGACUCAGUAGAGCCUUCUUUCACCCACAGUCGGGGGCGGAUAGCCGCAAUGACUCUGCUGCAUGUGCGUCCCAUGUCCGGCUCCGCGCUUGCUUGAGCUCCACCUUCGUGCCCGGUUGAAAGAAGCCUGACGACCUGGAACGAUGGCGGAGGUGUGCGCCUAAGUUGUUUCUCGUGUGUAACUGGCAUGAAUG